CACGUGUUGACGUUUAAAGUAUUUGACUCUGAUUUGACGUUUCGCAGAAAGGUUAUGUUUUUCAACAAACAAAAUAGAUUUAUUAAAUUCAACAAAAGCCGAAAAUAAUUGUUAUCCAACAGUUAUUAUAAUCUAAUAAUCCUAAAACAUGAGUUCUAAGGACAAAAAGAAACGUCGUAAACGGUACGAAUCCAGCUCUGAUUCUGAUUCCAUAGACAGUGAAGAAGAAGCUAGAAGGAAAGAUCUUCGCGAACGUGAUGAAUUUGCCAGCAGACUUAAAAAACGCGAUGAAACGAAAACCCGAAACAUUGUCCAAGCUUCAGAUCGAAGAGCUUAUGAAGAAGCCGCAAAAAGGCUUAAAAUGGAAAAUGAAGAUCGAGAAAAAAUGAUUCCCAUGUUGCGAGUACAGUCCAGGCGGAAAUAUUUAGAAAAACGUAAAGAAGAUAAAAUCGCAGAACUUGAAGAAGAUAUUGCUGAUGAUGAAUAUCUUUUCGAAGAAGAAAUAUUAAGUCAACGUGAAAAGAAAGACCGCGACCGUAAGAAGGAACUAUUGAGGCUUGCUCAAGAACAUGAAAAAGCACGUGAAUUGGAAAGAGUACAGCGGUACCACAUGCCUCGGGACUUGGGUAAAGGUUCUACAGCUGAUUAUGUGGAAGUCGAUGAUCUUGAAAAAGUGCCUCAGUCUGAACAGAAAAAAUGGGAAAAGGACCAAAUGGCUUCAGCUGUUUUUAAAUUUGGUGCUAAAGAUUCCACUAAAAAGGAUGAGUAUGAUUUAUUGUUAGAAGAUCAAAUUGAUUUUAUUCAGAUUCUGCAAAUGCCAGGUAGUGAUGAUAAGAGAGAGCCAGUGCUUACAGAAAAAGAAAAAAGGAAACUCGAUAUUGACGAAACUAAAAAAAGCCUUCCUGUUUUUCCAUUUCGAGACGAUUUAAUUCAAGCAGUCAGAGAACAUCAAGUUUUGAUCAUAGAAGGUGAAACUGGAUCUGGUAAAACCACACAAAUUCCUCAGUAUCUGCACGAAGCAGGAUUUACUAAAGAUGGAAAGAAAAUUGGAUGUACCCAACCCAGGAGAGUUGCUGCCAUGUCAGUGGCGGCUCGUGUGGCCCAAGAAAUGGGAGUUAAACUUGGAAAUGAAGUUGGUUAUGCUAUCAGAUUUGAAGAUUGCACAUCUGAGAGAACUUUAAUUAAAUACAUGACUGACGGCACUUUACACAGAGAAUUUUUAUCAGAACCAGAUUUACAAUCUUACAGUGUAAUGAUAAUCGACGAAGCUCAUGAAAGGACGUUGCAUACUGAUAUAUUGUUUGGUUUGGUUAAAGAUAUUGCAAGAUUUCGACCUGACUUAAAAUUGUUAAUAUCCAGUGCAACUUUAGAUGCAAAAAAGUUUUCUGAAUUUUUUGAUGAUGCAAAUAUUUUCCGAAUUCCAGGGCGUAGAUUUCCUGUGGACAUAUAUUACACUAAAGCACCUGAAGCAGAUUAUGUAGAUGCCUGUGUUGUUUCAGUCCUUCAAAUACAUGCAACUCAACCACUUGGCGAUAUAUUGGUUUUUUUGACCGGUCAAGAUGAAAUUGAAACCUGCCAGGAAUUAUUACAGGACCGAGUAAGACGUUUGGGCUCUAAAGUUAAAGAACUAAUUAUUUUACCUGUUUAUGCAAACUUGCCAAGUGAUAUGCAAGCAAAAAUCUUUGAGCCUACACCACCUGGUGCGAGAAAAGUGGUUCUCGCAACCAACAUUGCUGAAACCUCUUUAACAAUAGACAACAUCAUCUAUGUGAUUGAUCCAGGUUUUGCCAAACAGAAUCAUUUUAAUUCGCGUACUGGAAUGGAAAGUUUGAUUGUUGUGCCUAUAUCUAAAGCGUCGGCCAAUCAGAGAGCAGGAAGAGCGGGAAGAGUAGCUGCUGGUAAAUGUUUCCGCUUAUAUACAGCGUGGUCGUAUAAACAUGAAUUGGAAGAUAAUACAGUACCAGAAAUACAGAGAAUUAAUUUAGGAAAUGCAGUUUUGAUGUUAAAAGCACUGGGAAUUAAUGAUUUAGUACAUUUUGAUUUUCUUGAUCCACCACCUCAUGAAACACUCGUGUUAGCUUUGGAACAGUUGUAUGCUUUGGGGGCUCUAAAUCAUCAUGGAGAACUGACUAAAUUGGGAAGACGAAUGGCCGAAUUUCCAGUUGAUCCUAUGAUGGCUAAAAUGUUAUUAGCAUCAGAAAAAUACAAAUGUGCCGAAGAAAUAGUAACUAUUGCAGCUAUGCUAUCAGUCAACGGAGCAAUUUUCUAUAGGCCAAAGGAUAAAAUAAUCCAUGCAGAUACUGCACGGAAAAAUUUCAACCACAUUGGAGGUGAUCACCUAAGCUUGUUAAAUGUUUAUAAUCAGUGGAGGGAUUCUGAUUAUUCGACUCAGUGGUGUUACGAAAAUUUUAUACAAUAUAGGUCAAUGAAGAGGGCUCGAGAUGUUCGGGAACAACUAGUAGGUUUAAUGCAGAGAGUUGAAAUUGAUAUGGUGUCCAAUGUCACUGAAACUGCAGAUAUCAAGAAAGCCAUUACGUCUGGUUAUUUUUAUCACAUUGCUCGACUUUCCAAAGGAGGAAGUUAUAAAACAGUGAAACAUAAUCAGAGCGUGACAAUACAUCCAAAUAGUGCGUUAUUUGAAGACUUACCAAGAUGGGUCUUAUAUCAUGAGUUGGUAUUUACCACGAAAGAAUUUAUGAGACAAGUCAUUGAAAUUGAAAGCAAAUGGUUACUGGAAGUGGCACCACAUUAUUAUAAAUCAAAAGAACUGGAAGAUUCCACUAACAAGAAGAUGCCAAAAAUAGUGGGUCGUAGUACACGAACGGAAUAAAAGAUGUGAGAGCAUAACUUCAUUUUCUUUUGUGUUCACAAGACAUAUAUUUAUAUAUAGAAACACUUCAUGUGAAUUUUUUUAAUGAGAUGAUUUAACUAUUUUUGACAAUUAUAGAAAUUCAACUUAUAUUGCCAGAAAUACAAAAAUAACAAAAAUGUAAAUGACCAUUAAGUACCAAAUGAGAAAUAAAUUGUCUAGAUUGAAA